GAAACGAAACGGCGCACAGUUUUGAAAGGGAUUACCGUUUUUACCUUGCCCUUGAAGUUGCAUAAUGUAAACUCAGUGUGAUGGGCAAGGCUAGUCAUGUAACUCUGAGCCUUUGGCCCAGGGCAGAACCGUUCGCAUACGGUAUCUUUCAAGUUCAUCCUCAUCCAAGACUUGCUGUUCAUAACAUCAAAAAGCUUGUUACUUAUGCAAAAAACAAAAGUAAAACUGGAUCAAGAUUAAGUUAUUCUGUUUGGAAACAUGUAGCAUGUAAUAAGCUUCAGCUAACUGAGGAUUUGGCUUGGGUCCUCUUCCACACAUGCUUAACUAUGUCGGCGACACAAUAUGAUAAGCUUAAGGAUGUUGAUGAAAGGAUAUUUACUGCAGCAAAUUCAGCAGAUGCCGAGAGGAUUCGUACUUCACAAUCCGUUAAUUUGUUCACAUUUGUACUCUUUCUGUACAUACAACAAAUAAACAAGAUAUCACUGCGAGCUUCAGCAGUGUCAGCCAAUGCUGAGUGGCCUGGUAGUUACAGUCGUUCAUCCGAUUUGGAUUCAGGUCGUUCAACUCCUAUCAGACUAUGUCGCAAUCUAGAUGAGCAAUAUCAUUUUCAAUUUAUCAGUGAAAAUUUGAAUGAAAUGCUUGAUCUCCUUGUUGAACCCGAUAACCAAGGUGGAAAUAGUAUGGAUGCAACAUUGUCUGAAGGUGCUGUCGAAGCUUUGGAUCUUAUUUUGGAAGGAUCAGCUGAUGAAGGAAGGUGCGGCUACUUUUAUGUACUUUUAACCUUACUUUAUUUCAGGACGCUUAAUUCAUUUUCAGAACUUGUCCAUAUACCAACAAUUCUUCCAGCAACUGGUUAUUCCAAGGUUACACAUGCUUUCCAUUUACGUGGCCUUCUUUCUUGGAUACGUUCAUGGUUAACACAAAACCCGUUUUCGGUUGAAAACUGUAUUCGAAAUGGUCGACGUUUACAGUGGCGUCUUCCUCAUCAGGUUGUCUUGGACAAUGAGUCUGGUUUGAACAAUACUCAGCAACAGCCACAGAAUGAUAUCAUAAAGCGUCAGAAGAUUGCAACAAACGCACACCAAGUUCCACGAACUGGAGGUCACAGUGGAAACAAACUGGUUGUCAUGUCGAUGAUUUCUCGCCAAAUUAUUGCUCGCAGUUCUGCUACACUUGAUGGUGCCACGCUUAAAAUACAUCGUGCCCAUUGUAGUUAUUUAUAUCUCUUGUCACCGAUGAGGUCUGUUACACUAGAUAAGUGUCGCAAGCUGACUAUUGUUUUGGGACCGAUUGAAAAUACUCUCCAACUUAACCAUUGUGAAGACUGUUUGGUUAUUGCAGCCUGUCGUCGUGCUGUCUUGGCUUAUUGUCGUCGGUGCACAUUGCAUUUAGCUAUACAAUCCCGUCCAAUAUUGAUUCAGCCCCCUGUUCCAAACACUAUCAGUGGAUCUAUGAUUAUUUCAAAUAUUCCUGGAAAUAAUUCGGGUACAAAUACUUCUACCCCAGGCACCCCUACGCCUGGUAGUGUAGCACUGGUUGGUAAUGAAGAAAUCUUGUUGGCUCCCUUUCAUACAACGUAUAUGAAACUUGUAGAUCACCUAAACAAGGUGAACCUUAGUCCGAAAGUGAAUUAUUGGGAUCGUCCAUUUUUGUUGGGACAAGAUUCUAGUCGUCAAGACUCAUCUCAACAAUCAUCCAGAGUUCGUUGCUGGGACUUACUACAACCCGCCCAUUUUUAUCCGUUUAAUAUUCCACUUUUGCUCUCUACUCGAGGUGAAAGUAUGGACCGCAACCCGAUCGGUGAAAAUUAUACUCGUUCUGAAGAAGCUGUUCCUAAUGGUAAUCCUCAAACGGCUAACUGUCUGGAUUUGAGCGCAUCACUCAUAACGAAUACGUCCAGAUACUUUGGCGAUUCAGAUGAAAGACGUUUAGAGAACUAUAUUUCCAUGGCUAAUAACAUUUUACCAAUUCCAUUGCCUUCCGCUUAUUUAAUUGCUUUACAUGAAAGGGCUGGAGCUUAUCAUAAGUGGCCUCAACAUGUUAUGGUAGCUGAAUCGUGUUAUCCCAAAACUCGCUCAACUGGUAUGAUAAUUAUUGUCAUUUGUAAUGGUUUGAAUUUCCCUGAAAUAUCAGCAGAGAGAAAACAUGAACUUUUAAAAAUAUUAAUAAUUCUGUUUUUAUUCUUUGUACUUAAUUUGUGUUGUGUAUUCGCUUUUACAAAUAAAGUGGCGGAUAGCUAUAAGUCUCGAUCUUUUCAUUUGCAGAAUGCAAGGUUAACCCUUGAUCAACGUCAUAGUUUUAGCACCGUUGUGGAUCAGAGAUUUCGACAAUGGUUGAUAGAAUCAGGCAAUUUGCGUCAAUUACAACUCCUAGAGCUAAGCACAGGUCACGUGAAUCCAGUACCAUCUUGCAAUCCUACUGCUUAUUCUGUCGACAAAAAUGUUGCUCCUAUGUCUGUGAGUUCUACUUUUCAAAGCCAUGCAGAUCGAUCAGAUCAUGGGGUUCAUAGUUCUUAUGCUGAUGGUCACAUAAGCAAUUCUAUUCGGAGUGGCUGCCUUCUCACUCGGUCAAAUAAUGAAAAUCAGUUUGCUACCAACGAUGAUGAUGCUGAUGGCAUAUGAUAGUACUAUUGUAAUAAACGAAAACAGUUGGCAUCGACCAAAUGUAUUUGAACACAAAAUUACAGUUAUUUGCUCUUCUAGAGUUGCUGCAUGUCCCAAGACGAGGUGAAGGAGGAGGGUUGGACAUGGAGUCGGCAACCUCAUCCCGUAGAAAACAACCUUGUUAAAAAGCGCUAACCAGAUUGAAUAAUUUAAACUCUCCCCUCCAGGUUGAAGGAAGAAUUAUGACACCUCAUGAUGAAAGCUCAGAUUCUUCGGAAGUCACGAGGCCGAUGACCCUUCUAAUAUCCAGAGAAACCAUUAAUAUAGGUACAUGGAAUAUCCGAACAAUGUGGGAGACCAGGAAGACCAGUCAAAUAGUUACGAAAAUGAGGAGAUACAACUUAGCAGUACUCGGAAUCAGCAAAACCCAUUGGACUGAUUCAGGAGAGCUGCUACUGUACUCUGGUCACGAGGAAGGAAAUACUGCACACACUCAGGGAGUUGCUCUAAUGUCCAAAGAAGCAAGAAAUGGGCUCAUAGAAUGGGAAUCUCAUGGAUUCAGGAUCAUCAAAGCAUCCUUCAAAACAAAGAAGAAGAUAAUUACAAUGAAUGUUAUCCAAAGUUAUGCACCCACCAAUUAUGGAAAUGACAACGAUAAAGAUCGGUUUUACAAGAGGCUGCAAUCAAUCAUAGCGAAGUGCCCAGGAAAGGACCUGACAAUGCUAAUGGGAGAUCUAAACGCCAAAGUUGGAACGGAAAACUACGGUUAUGAAGAUAUCAUGAGACGAGAUGAACUGAGAGAAAAAACGAAAGCGAUGGAAGAUUUGCAAAUCUAUGUGCAUUCAACAAAAUGAUUAUAGGCGGCACAACAUUCCCACACAAACACAUGCAUAAAGCUGCAUGUCUUUCACUGGAUUACACAACGGAGGACCAUGUAGAUCAUAUUUGUAUCACUAAAUGUUAUGGAUGCGGUCACCCGUCACAACAAUUGGCGACGGGGUAGAGAAAAUUUUGAACCCUGUAAUUGGACGAGAUUCAACCUAAUUAUUUUUGCCAAUCAACAUUCAGAUUGAUCGUUGGUGUUCUUGGAAUUCAUUGGUUGUUGAUUGAUCACAGUAUUUCUCAUUACCCUGCUGAUUCAGAAAAUGACUAUCCUUCCCGAUCAAUUGCAGCUACUACUUGAUCGUCAACAGCAGCGUUUCAGAGAGAGCCAGUUGAAUAUUUCGGACAAUUUACGCACGCGACUGCUAAAUCUCCCAUGUUCCGGAGAUGUGAAAGAAACUGAUGAAUUAAUUUCUCACUUGCAUACUGAACUCGAAAAUGACUGCAGGACGUAUGAAGAUGAAAACAAAAGCCUCUAUGAAUCCCUGAUGGUCAGUAAUGCAAACGAGGCAGUCGCUCAUGAUCCGUCCAGCGAUCCAGAAAUGUCCAAUUCAGAAAUAUGCCCUGUCGUGGGUUCAAAUCCCACUGUGCCCGAAACAUGUACAGACAGUGAGGCAUCCAGCUCACAAGAAGAACCCGUCGUGCCAGAAAAUGUGUCCCAUGCAUCAAUCAAUGGUCAGAAAUCUAAUACAAAUUUCAAAGAUGCUGUUUAUUUUAGUGAUCUAUUAUCCACUAAUGGAAUUUUGAAGAGGUCUGAUGAACAUGUUUCACAAGAAUCAAACCCUAAUGACCUCAUAUCUAGUGUCGCUGAUCCUCAUCAUCUAGUCAGUUCUAGUGGACGCUCUACCCAAUGCCGGAAAUAUGCUUUAAAUAGAAUCAGACUAACUGUUACUUGGGUAUAUGAUGACCCAACAUUAUUUCGCGGGGGAGGACGGACGUAGAAAAUUUUAGAAAUCCGGAUAUCAACUCCGGAUCUUCAAAAAAAGGGUGUUAUGGAUGCAGAAUAAUAUACCAAUCAUUAUCAUGUUAAGUCUAAUGAUGUCCUUGGACCUUAAAUGGACAUUCCCUAUUGGCCAUUAUUUAUUUCAUUCGUUAAAUAUUGUACAAAUGUUGUUUUCUAUUUUUAUAGUACGAUGUGGUCUGUUUGGUUAGUAUAUAAAUAGAGUAUGUCUGAAAUACAAUGAUUCAUAACU